UUACAUAUGCGUAUCCUAGCCAUGCAACUGGGUCUCUUACACUGUUUCAAGAUAUUCUUUGCAAGUUUAGCGGGAAGGUAUAAUCAGACAUGAAAAAGCAUUUCUGCCUAACACAAAGUGGAUUGGUACUGUUAUUCUCUGAAUGAACAAUUGUUCUAGCUUUUUAAACCUUGAAGUGUGAUAGCCCUUCGUAAAUGGACCGCUAGGACCAAGAAGUGCAUUUCUCGUCUCCGGCCUAAGAAGAAGAACAAUAAUUCCUGAAAAGAAGCACAUCGAAAUAUUUGAAACUUCUUUAUAACAUCUAAUAUUCGAAGACCGGAAAGGAGUUCGUUAGAGUUUGUAUUAUAUUUGUACAUAUGAGAAGAUAUCAGUUUUGUGGAAUAGUUGGUCAAUCAGUCAUGGAGUUUGUUCGAGUUUGUUUGUUGUAAUAAAAUGUCAUUUGGGAAAUUUUAGACCAAUACAGCCUCACAAACGAGUCAGAAAUAUACCCCAAUUCAAAAUGAUGACACAGACUGUGCCACCACCCCGGCCAUACAAGUUCUUUGGACCACAAGCAAUCGGAAAUGCACCUCCAGGAGCAAACAUGAUGGUUGCACAGCAAAGGCUGCCAGUUCCAAACAUGUAUGCAUCAUUUAAUCAAUUUAAGCAUGUAAACGUGCCUCCACCGAAUAUGUCUAUACCCCCACCAACGAUAGUGGAUCCCCUUAAUGCCCAGCAGAUGCCAGCUGUACACCAAGCACCCUUUCUAGGACAGCAGUCUUUAGACUUUGAUGCAAGAAAGCAACAGAGAAAGAGUCAGCGCAGAACAGUGGACUAUAAUGCGUCUAUUGUGCAACAAGUCAAGAAUCGUGUCUGGAGGAAGACAUCUUCAUCUGUACCCUCUAUUCAGCCAGAUGUCCAAUAUUAUGUUGAUCUGGCAAGUCCGAAAAGUAUUAUUGAAAAUCCAGUGAAUGCUGUUACAACAAGAUUUGUGAGGACGGCAACCAACAAAAUCAGAUGUCCAGUUUUCAGUCUUUCAUGGACGCCAGAGGGAAGACGAUUGAUAACAGGAUCAAGUAGCGGAGAAUUCACUCUUUGGGGAGGACUGACUUUCAAUUUCGAAACCGUUCUACAGGCUCAUGAUUCUGCUGUUAGGACAAUGGAAUGGAGUCAUAACGACACGUGGUUGCUUUCUGCUGAUCAUUCUGGAUAUGUUAAAUAUUGGCAAAGUAAUAUGAAUAAUGUUAAGACUCUACCAGCACACACAGAACCUGUCAGAGGAGUUGGAUUCUCACCAACUGACAACAAAUUUGCAACGUGUAGUGAUGAUGGUACUGUCAAGAUCUGGGAUUUCUACAGAUGCCAAGAAGAGCGCGUCUUGAGGGGCCAUGGAGCUGAUGUUAAAUGCCUUGAUUGGCACCCGUCAAAAGGACUACUUGUCUCUGGCAGCAAAGACAGCCAGCAGCCACUGAAGCUAUGGGAUCCCAAGUCAGGAAGCAGUCUUUGUACAAUACAUAUGCAUAAAAGUACAGUGAUGGACCUACAGUGGAACAGAAAUGGUGACUGGCUGCUCACUGCAUCACGUGAUCAUUUGAUAAAAGUCUUUGACAUAAGAGCCAUGAAAGAAAUUCAGACAUUCAGAGGCCACAAGAAAGAAGCCACUGCUGUUGACUGGCACCCAGUGCAUGAAUCGCUGUUUGCUAGUGGUGGCUCUGAUGGCGCAAUUAUGUUCUGGAACAUGGGUUCUAUUAAAGAGGUCGGAUCUAUGGACCACGCACACGAUGCUAUGAUCUGGUCAGUCAGAUGGCACCCUCUUGGUCACAUCUUGGCUUCUGGCUCGAAUGACCACACUUGUAAAUUUUGGACAAGAAAUCGGCCUGGAGACAAAAUGAAAGAUAAAUACAAUUUGAAUACGAAUCCACUUGGGGAUGAUGAUUAUGAAUACGACAUACCAACUGCCAAUGAAACUUCUGAUCUAAACGUAUCUGAUUUGAACUCAAGUGCUGUAGAAGAGUCAGUUCCUGGCCUCGCAAUGGGAGCUGCGGGAUCCAGUUUAGCUAUACCGGUAGCAAAGGCAGAAGGUAUCCCAGGGAUAGACAUGCAGUUUCCUUCUGCUGACAAAGUAAAAGAACAACAAGAGGCGAAACAGAAAAUGCUUCAGUCAGCUCGGCAAUCAGGGUUCAAGCUUCCAAACCUCCAAGCUGGCAGCGCCGGGAACCAAUUAAAUGCGAGCGCCCUACCAUUUGAGCCGAAUUUGUCUAUUCCGCCCAGUCGACAGCUUAGCAGCCAAGCAGCACGAACUGUCUCGUCUGCUCCCGGGCUUCUUCCUACUCCAGACAAGUUGUCAAUGAUCGUUCCACCUCCAGAUACAAAGGGAAUAUUUGAUCCUCUAACAAUUCAACCAGGCUUUGUAAUAGAUGCUUUAGAGGUGUGGACUAACGACAAGGCACUUACUGAAGAUGCAUCACAUGGAGAAAAUAGGGCUAAAAAACGUACAAGGAGGCCUGAAAUGCCAGGAAGGAGUCGUUUUCCAAGUGAAAGCCGUGAAUAUGGUGGAAAAGAGCUCAGGCAAAGUUUCGACCAAAGUCAAGAGGAAUAUGGCAAUGAAAACGUAGAGACUGACAAUGAAAAUAGAUCUCAAAACUUUGGCUGGAGAGAUGGCCCUGACGAUAGGCGAAUGUCAAACCACCCACAAGGUGCCUGGAUGAAAGGUCCUCCACCCAACGUAGCUGAAGAUUCUGGUGGAAUUCGACCUUCAGCCCAACAGUUUCGUGGAAGGCCACCCACUUCUUCUGAAGGCUUUCCUCCAAAGGAGCAAAGAAUGGGUAGCACCUCAUUUCAUGGAAAAGGGGGUAAUCCCUCUAAUGAAUCUAUGUCGAAUGAUCCACAGCUUGAAGAAGGGGGUCAGUGGGGUAAGGGUCCUGAAAUUAUGAACCGUCGUGACGGACCUGGAUCACGUGGAAGGGGGCGUGGUUUUCCACCUAUGCAUCGGCAGGGUCCCAGUGGUGGACAUGGUGACAACAACAAGCAGUUCUUCGUUGAUGAGUAUGGGAACAGAAAGGCUGUUGAAGAGCGCAUGGAAGAGCCAUGGAGAGGCAGAGGUAGGGGGCAAGGCCUGCCAAAUAAUGGAUUUGAGGGAAAAAAUAUCGAGUCAGAAGAUAAGGAUAGUGACUGGAAUGACCCAAAUUUUAUCCCACAUCGAAGAGGGCCCCAUCCAUUGUUGCUAAGAGGCCACCAUACCCAAGGACCAAGGCGGUUUCCUACGCCAAACACUGGUAGGCCGCCAUUCGAUAGUCGUGGACCUCCUAUUCGCCAAGGUGCUCCUCAGCCGCGUAUGGCACCUCAUUUUCGUCCAGGCCCUGCACAGCGUCAGUCCCCGAAUGGGCCUCCAAACAAAGACAUGAAUGACUCUGGACACCCAAAUGAACUGCAUGGCCUGGGUAUAAGACCAAGUAGCAAAAUGGGUGGGUCUUUAGACAGUAAACAUCCAGUUAGUGAUGUUAAUAAUUGGCCAAAUAACAGGACGGGUAUGGGCAGGUAGAUUCAGUGUAAUGUUUCAGUUUCUGUUAUGUUAGUAAAAUGCUUUAUGUUAGUAAAAUCUAAGACAAAAACGAGCCACCUUGUGAAAAAUACUUUUAUCAUAUAAAUAGGCCAGUUUUCUUGUCUCUUAAA